GACCAAAAUAAAACAGGGGAGACUACUCGGAAGGAGACCUUGAAAUGUGGAGGCCGUUGCGCUGUUUGCUAAAGACACAUUAUUCUAGUGUGAUAUCAGUCAACCAGAAGCAAUGGAUGUCGAACUCCAACAUAAAGAUGACAAAGACACUUCAAAAGUUGUUCAACAGAGGCGGUGGCAUGAAGAAGAAGUUGUACCCGAGCCCAAUCAGCAGUAUGUUUAGCAAAGAGGAUGAAUUUACUCCAAAAGUAAAACCUGUGUAUACUGAAGGACAGUUGAGACGCGCUCGUCAGGUUGGACAUGUCUUGUAUGACGCCAUUGUACAAAUUGUCAAUUCAGGGCAGCUGUCGCCACAGAUUGCUGAAAUGGCAGUGGAGAUAGUACAAGUGAAAGUGGUUCCUAACUUCAGUGCUGUCAAUAUCUACUGGAUGGCAAGUGGAUCUGAUAAAGAUGGCAGAGUGCAGACUUUAUUGCAGCAGCAUGAAGGGACACUAAGGCAGAUUUUGACAUCCUACCACAUUUUGGGUCGAAUCCCACGUCUUUCUUUUGUAAGAGAUGACAGCCAAGCUCACUAUAUGCAAGUGGAGCAUCUUCUGAGUACUGCAGACUUUGGACCUGACUUCACGCCCUCGCAGUUGACCACUUCUAUUCGUGAUAAUAUAUACCAUAAGAGAAGCAACGAUCACAGCCUCUCUGAUUCAAAUCGAUUAGUAGUAGAUAGACUUCAGCAUGAUCUGCAGCAGCAAAAUAAUUUUAACAACACAGCUGACUUUCAUGAUAAAUCUUUACCUCAGGCAGUAACUUGUGAAGUUUCCAAUCUUAUUUCUUGUGGUGCAGCAUUGGAUGCUAAAUGCACAGAGUUGUUUGAUGCAAAAGAGAAGGAUACGCCUGCUAGCAUGUUACAAGCAGGUUUCAGAGACAAUCUGUAUGGAGUUGAACACACACAGCUUAUGAAUAAGGUUUUGACACGCAAGAAAAAGACCAGAGUACCAAUCACUGCUACAGAAAGUAGCCCUUCAGAUAUCACACCUGUCAUGGAUGCUAACAGCCUGAAGAAUUUGGUGAGAAAGAGGCGUGAAGCUAAAGGCAGACAACUCUCUGACUACCAUUAUCUUGGCAUGCAAGACUGGAGUUCUGAUGAUGAUAAAGUAACUACUGAUGAUGAAUUUGAUGAAAGAUGAUUUGGAAAUCUGUUUCAGGUCUAACCUAUAAGAGUAAUAAAUGUUUUUUAGAUUACUGUAGAAGACUUUUGUAGUACAUGUAUCACAAUUAGUGCUUUUGAAACAGCUGGAGACAAGAGCUAUAGCAUAUACAACUGCAAA